ACACCACUGACACCCCCAGACCUGUGUCCAAGUAUACCACGUCCACCGCCACCCUGUGUCCAAGUGUACCACCACGUCCACCGCCACCCCUCUGUCCAAGUGUACCACGUCCACCACCAUCCCUCUGUCCAAGUGUACCACGUCCACCGCCCACCCCUCUGUCCAAGUGUAGCCACGUCCACCGCCACCCCCCUCUGUCCAAGUAUACCACGUCCACCGCCAUCCCUCUGUCCAAGUAUACCCACAUCCACCGCCAACCCUCUGUCCAAGUAUACCAUGUCCACCGCCACCCCUCUGUCCAAGUAUACCACGUCCACCGCCACCCCUCUGUCCAAGUAUUCCACGUCCACCGCCACCCCUCUGUCCAAGUAUAACCAUGUCCACGCCACCCCUCCUGUCCAAGUAUACCACAUCCACCGCCAUCCCUCUGUCCAAGUAUACCACAUCCACCGCCAACCCUCUGUCCAAGUAUGCCACGUCCACCGCCACCAGCCCCUCUGUCCAAGUAUACCAUGGUCCACUGCCACCCCUCUGUCCAAGUAUACCAUGUCCACCGCCACACCUCUGUCCAAGUAUACCAUGUCCACCUGCCACCCCCUCUGUCCAAGUAUACCAUGUCCUCAGCCACCCCUCUGUCCAAGUAAUAUCACAUCAAAACCGCCACCCCUUUCUCCAAGUAUACCACGUCUCCAAAAACCACCCUCUGUUCAAGUAUACCACGUCUACCGCCACCCUCUGUCCAAUUACACCACAUCUACCGCCACCCCCUCUGUCCAAGUACACCACGUCCACCGCCACUUAUCUGCCCAGUAUACCAUGUCCACCGCCACCCCUCCUGUCUGAGUAUACCACGUCCACUGCCACCUCUCUGUCUGAGUAUACCCACACUCACUGCCACCCCUCUGUCCAAGUAUACCACGUCCAGGCGCCACCCGUUUGUUCAAGUAUACCACAUCCACAGACCCAGCCCUCUGUCCAAGUAUACC